AAAAAAAAAUAACAAAAUAGUUGAAUCGUAAUUUAUUUGAUUUUUGGCAAUUUCUACUAUUUCAAUUUACCGUGCGCUCCAACAGCGCGACAGCUGUUACUUUAACUCAAUUAACGAUCACCGAACAACGAAAACAAAAUACUCCCCUCCUUCCUCUCCAUUUACCGUCGCCCCCAAAUCACCCACAAUUGAAAUCGUUCGCGUUGUGUUGUUGCUGUGCUUUUUUGGCAACGUCUAGUCUAACGCAGAUGUUUUGAAAGUCCUGCCGCACAGGCUGUAAAGCAACAAGGACUGUUUGCCUUUGAAACGGCUAGCCCGGCGCUAGCUGAAAGUUUUUUAUUGUGCAAACCAAAGUUGAAAAAGUUGAAAGUUGAAACAGACAACGAAGGCGCAGACUAGAGCCUGUGGGUUGGCUUUCGUAAGUACAUUUAUAAGAAGAAGAAGAUUACGGGUCCCUGUGCACCGGUACGGGUAAUACGUACACUCAAUAUGGCCGGCAAUAUCGAGCAGCGUCCCUGGACGCCGACCGUGCGCACGCGUCGAAUUGCGGCGGAGACGAGCAAUCCGGGUCCGGCUAUUGUGCAGCUACCCACGUUGAUCGGCAGCAAGGUGCCGGACUCGAAGAAGAAGGGCGCGCCCUCAUAUUCCUUUGGCCAUAAGACGGUCAGCAAGGAUGAAACAACUGGUCCCGGUCCCGCCCUGUACAAUGUGGCGGGUAUGGUGCCCAAGGGCAAGGAGUACCCACGUGCAGCCACGUUACAAAGUCGUCCCAAGGAGCUGUCGCGUUUCGUCAAUCCGGGCCCUGGGGAAUAUGAUGUGCUGAAUGCAUCGAAGGCUGUCAUCGAUGCCACGCCCAAAUAUACAUUCGGCAAGAGGCCGCCCCAUAUCAAGUACCAGCUGAUACCGGCGCCAAAUAGCUAUUGUCCUGAAAAGGUCACGCAAUCAAGAAACAAUUCGCCACGUUUCACAUUUGGUAGACGAACUAAAAUCCAACACGAUCAGCAUACACCAGCUCCUGGCGCCUAUUCACCUGAGAAGGUGAAUCUCAGCAAGACACCAGAAUUUAGCUUCGGCAUCAAACAUCACGAGCUGCGCCCUGACUAUACGCCAGCACCUGGUACUUACAAGCCGGAGCAAACAGUUCUAGAGCAUACACCUGCCUAUAGUUUUGGUCUAAGGACGAAGCACGUUCAGCACAACGAUUCGCCAGCACCUGGCACUUAUAGCCCAGAAAAGUCAAAAUUGCAUGCGGCACCCGCUUUUAGCAUUGCCGGCAAGUCCAAUCACGAUGUGGUGGAUGCUACGCCAGCACCCGGCGCAUACGAGCCGGAGAAAUGCAUUUUAGGAAAGACACCCGCCUUUACGUUCGGCCAACGUGUGCAGGUCGUCAAGUCACAGGAUACCCCCGCGCCCGGCACCUACCAGCCGGAGAAAGUGCGCUUGGAUUAUGCGCCCGCUUACACGCUCUCUGGUCGACAUGAAUGGAAGUCGGUUAGCACUACCCCAGCGCCAGGCUCGUACGCCCCGGAAAAAUAUCGCAGCGACCAUACGCCAGCGUUUAGCUUCGCUGGUAAGCAUGAGCAUCGCAUUGAAACCUCCACCCCGGCACCAGGCGACUACAGUCCUGAAAAAGUACGGCACGAUCAUAAUCCUGCUUAUUCAUUUGCCGGGCGGCACGAUGCACUGAAGACGAGCGACACACCAGCACCUUGCGCCUAUGAGACAGAAAAGGUGCGACUAGACCAUAAUCCCGCGUUCUCCUUUGCCGGCCGUCAUGAUCUUCAUAAGCCAAGUGAUACCCCUGCCCCUGGAGCCUAUUCUCCGGAGAAGGUCCGUCAGGAUCACAAUCCUGCAUUCUCCAUGGCGGGCAAGCACGAUGUGAAGAUCACAAAUGGCACACCUGCUCCAGGAGAUUACUCGCCAGAGAAAACCCGGUUGGAUCAUACACCUGCUUAUUCCUUCGGUAGCAAAAAUGAUCCCAAGGUUGAGAAUAAUACCCCUGCUCCUGGUGAUUACCACCCUGAAAAGGUCAGACUCGACCACAAUCCUGCAUUUUCCUUCGCUGGUCGCCAUGAUCUUCACAAACCGAGCGAUACCCCUGCUCCAGGUGCCUAUUCUCCGGAGAAAGUCCGUCAGGAUCACAAUCCUGCAUUCUCCAUGGCGGGCAAGCACGAUGUGAAGAUCACAAAUGGCACACCUGCUCCAGGAGAUUACUCGCCAGAGAAAACCCGGUUGGAUCAUACACCUGCUUAUUCCUUCGGUAGCAAAAAUGAUCCCAAGGUUGAGAAUAAUACCCCUGCUCCUGGUGAUUACCACCCUGAAAAGGUCAGACUCGACCACAAUCCUGCAUUUUCCUUCGCUGGUCGCCAUGAUCUUCACAAACCGAGCGAUACCCCUGCUCCAGGUGCCUAUUCUCCGGAGAAAGUCCGUCAGGAUCACAAUCCUGCAUUCUCUAUGGCUGGCAAACACGAUGUGAAGAUCACAAAUGGCACACCUGCUCCAGGAGAUUACUCGCCAGAGAAAACCCGACUGGAUCAUACACCAGCUUAUUCCUUUGGAGGAAAAAACGAUCCUAAAGUAGAGAACCAUACCCCUGCUCCUGGUGAUUACCACCCCGAAAAAGUCAGACUAGAUCAUAAUCCUGCUUUCUCCUUCGCUGGUCGCCAUGAUCUUCACAAACCGAGCGAUACCCCUGCUCCAGGUGCCUAUUCUCCGGAGAAAGUCCGUCAGGAUCACAAUCCUGCAUUCUCCAUGGCGGGCAAGCACGAUGUGAAGAUCACAAAUGGCACACCUGCUCCAGGAGAUUACUCGCCAGAGAAAACCCGGUUGGAUCAUACACCUGCUUAUUCCUUCGGUAGCAAAAAUGAUCCCAAGGUUGAGAAUAAUACCCCUGCUCCUGGUGAUUACCACCCUGAAAAGGUCAGACUCGACCACAAUCCUGCAUUUUCCUUCGCUGGUCGCCAUGAUCUUCACAAACCGAGCGAUACCCCUGCUCCAGGUGCCUAUUCUCCGGAGAAAGUCCGUCAGGAUCACAAUCCUGCAUUCUCCAUGGCUGGCAAGCACGAUGUGAAGAUCACAAAUGGCACACCUGCUCCAGGAGAUUACUCGCCAGAGAAAACCCGGUUGGAUCAUACACCAGCUUAUACCUUUGGAGGAAAAAACGAUCCUAAAGUAGAGAACCAUACCCCGGCUCCUGGUGAUUACCACCCCGAAAAGGUCAGACUAGAUCAUAACCCUGCUUUCUCCUUCGCUGGUCGCCAUGAUCUUCACAAACCGAGCGAUACCCCUGCUCCAGGUGCCUAUUCUCCGGAGAAGGUCCGUCAGGAUCACAAUCCUGCAUUCUCCAUGGCUGGCAAGCACGAUGUGAAGAUCACAAAUGGCACACCUGCUCCAGGAGAUUACUCGCCAGAGAAAACCCGGUUGGAUCAUACACCAGCUUAUACCUUUGGAGGAAAAAACGAUCCUAAAGUAGAGAACCAUACCCCGGCUCCUGGUGAUUACCACCCCGAAAAGGUCAGACUAGAUCAUAACCCUGCUUUCUCCUUCGCUGGUCGCCAUGAUCUUCACAAACCGAGCGAUACCCCUGCUCCAGGUGCCUAUUCUCCGGAGAAAGUCCGUCAGGAUCACAAUCCUGCAUUCUCCAUGGCUGGCAAGCACGAUGUGAAGAUCACAAAUGGCACACCUGCUCCAGGAGAUUACUCGCCAGAGAAAACCCGGUUGGAUCAUACACCUGCUUAUUCCUUCGGUAGCAAAAAUGAUCCCAAGGUUGAGAAUAAUACCCCUGCUCCUGGUGAUUACCACCCCGAAAAGGUCAGACUCGACCACAAUCCCGCGUUCUCCUUUGCCGGCCGUCAUGAUCUUCAUAAGCCAAGUGAUACCCCUGCCCCUGGAGCGUAUUCUCCGGAGAAGGUCCGUCAGGAUCACAAUCCUGCAUUCUCCAUGGCUGGCAAGCACGACGUGAAGAUCACAUGUGGCACACCUGCUCCAGGAGAUUAUUCACCUGAGAAAACCCGGUUGGAUCAUACACCCGCCUAUACCUUUGGAGGAAAAAACGAUCCCAAGGUUGAGAAUAACACCCCUGCUCCUGGUGAUUACCACCCCGAAAAGGUCAGACUAGAUCAUAACCCUGCUUUCUCCUUCGCUGGUCGCCAUGAUCUUCAUAAGCCAAGUGAUACCCCUGCCCCUGGAGCGUAUUCUCCGGAGAAGGUCCGUCAGGAUCACAAUCCUGCAUUCUCCAUGGCUGGCAAGCACGAUGUGAAGAUCACAAAUGGCACACCUGCUCCAGGAGAUUACUCUCCAGAGAAAACCCGACUGGAUCAUACACCUGCUUAUUCCUUCGGUAGCAAAAAUGAUCCUAAAGUAGAGAACCAUACCCCGGCUCCUGGUGAUUACCACCCCGAAAAGAUCAGACUAGAUCAUAACCCUGCUUUCUCCUUCGCUGGUCGUCAUGAUCUUCACAAACCGAGCGAUACCCCUGCCCCUGGAGCCUAUUCUCCGGAGAAAGUCCGUCAGGAUCACAAUCCUGCAUUCUCUAUGGCUGGCAAGCAUGACGUGAGGAUUACAAAUGGUACUCCGGCACCUGGAGACUAUUCGCCUGAGAAGACGCGACUGGAUCAGACACCCGCUUACACAUUUGGUGGCAAAUACGACCCCAAGGUGGAAAAUCAUCAUCCAGCGCCAUGCGAUUAUUCGCCCGAAAAAGUUCGCCUUGACCAUACUCCCGCCUACACAAUUGCAGGUCGUCCGACCAUUGAGCAUAUUAGCCAGACUCCGGCGCCCUGUGACUACAAGCCAGAGAACUACCAGCUAGAUGCUACACCAGCCUUCACCUUUGGCAUGAAGCUGAAACGGGAGCAUGUCAGUGAUACACCAGCACCCACUGCAUACGAACCGGAAAAGCACACUCAACACACUCCAGCCUACACAUUCGGCACUCGAACUGAGAUCAAGGUCUCCACCGAUGCACCCGCUCCCGGCCAUUAUCAUCCAGAGCACUGUAAGCUCGACAGCUCGCCAGCAUAUAGCUUUGGUCUUAAGACCUUACCCAUGCCGCUCAUUCCAGAACCUAGAGGCGCUUACAUUGAAGAUCGCAUAUUGCAAAGACGUGAAAGACGUUUGGCUAGUCCCGUUCGUAACGCUGUUGAUGGCACCGCAAGCACUACCACUACAACCACCACAACAACAACAACCACUGAGAAACGUAUUGUAAAUGGCGAUCAAUUGGACAGUCAACACAAUCAGAAGACCACAACCACCAACACUGUCGUAGCACCCAACCCACCCAACACCGACAGCAACACUGCCACUAGCAAAACAACAAUCACAAAGACAACAACAAAGCUAGUGGGCAACGAUCCAUCGGCAUCGAAAUCGAAGUCGAAAUCGAGUCGCACCACCACGUUGCACCACUCGGCCAAUGCACAUAGCAAAGGUGACAAUCUGCAGGUCAUUGCCAGUGGCACGGCAGACGCCAGCACCACCCAGGCAGCGCAGGCAAGCACGCGCACGGUGGUGCAAUCGGAUGGUGCGAUUGUGACCAGCGGCAAGGCCAUUCGAUCGAGCACCGUUAAGUACGCUGUGGAAGCGAGCAGCGUGCAAGAGAAGACCAUCAGCUCCUAAUGUCUACAAGAUACCCACUGUCUUGGGCAGCAGCAAGGAGGGUCCGAUACGUUCAGCCCCAGCAUUUACCAUGG